AUGAUGAACAGGACGAAUGAAACAAUCUCAGGAGAAAAUGCGUCGGAUGAUGCAAUAGUUUGCUAUCUACCAGCAAUGAUCACAACAUUUAGUGUUUGGAGAGGAGAUAAUCCUUUGAACUACACCCUCCCUCUUUUCGUCGUCCAAUUAAUUCUAGUUAUUGCCGCCACUCGUCUCUUCGUCUUCCUCCUCAAACCUUUUCGCCAACCUCGUGUUGUUGCAGAAAUCUUGGGUGGAUUGCUACUAGGUCCCUCGUUUCUUGAACAAAAUGAGACAUUUGGAAAAGCGAUAUUCCCUCUAAGCAGUGUGUUGAUAGUAGAAACAAUGGCCAACGUAGGCUUAACUUAUCUCCUUUUCUUAGUCGGCCUAGAGAUGGACAUUUCAGCCAUAGAACGCACUGGAAAAAAGGCCUUAUUUAUUGCUAUUUCUGGCAUGGUCUUGCCCUUCAUUGUUGGGGCGUGCUUCUUCUUCUUCCACAACCAUAACCCAAUUAUGAACCAUGGAACCAACAUUCUCUUCCUUGGUGUUGCCCUCUCCGCCACCGCCUUCCCGGUGCUUGCCCUGAUCCUCGCCGACUUUAAGCUUCUCAACACCGACCUAGGGCGGCUUGCCCAAUCAACUGCCCUUAUAAAUGAUGUUUGUGCCUGGAUCCUCCUUGUUCUUGCCAUUGCCCUCGCCGGAUCCAACAAAGCUAGUAACCCAUGGGCUUGCCUCUGGGUGAUCCUCUCAAGCAUGGCUUACGUUGUUAUGUGUUUCUACGUUGUCAGACCAGCAAUGUCAUGGUUCUUAAGUGGAACCCUAGAUGUAGAAUCCUUCACUGACUCCCAGAUAUGUGUGAUUGUGACUGGUGUUAUGGUUUCAAGCUUCAUCACAGAUGCGAUGGGGACACAUGCCAUUUUAGGAGCUUAUCUCUAUGGUUUAGCAAUUCCAAGUGGAACUAUCGGAGUUACAAUUAUAGAGAAGCUUGAGGACUUUGUGUCAGGCCUCCUUUUGCCUCUGUAUUUCGCCAUUAGUGGCCUUAAGACUAACAUCACAGCAAUCCAUGGAAUCACCAAAUGGGCUGGUUGCUUACUGGUUAUUCCUCUCGCUUGUGCCGGCAAAGUCUUGGGUACCGUCCUUGUUUCUCUCUUCUUCCACAUUCCAGCUCGUGAUGGUGUCAUUCUUGGCCUUCUCAUGAACACUAAAGGCGUCAUCGAAAUCACUGUGCUUAACAUCGCAAAGGAGCUAAAGGUGAUGGGGGAUGAAUCAUUUGCGAUGGUGGUGAUUGCUACUGUGGUGAUGACAGGUCUUAUUGCACCCUUUGUUACAGUAACUUAUAAGCCGACAAGGAGGUUCAUUCCUAUCAAGAAGAGAACAAUCCUGGGUUUAAGACAUGACGCAGAACGAAAGUUCAUGGUAUGUGUUCACAAUCCCAGAAAUGUUCCGUCAAUGCUCAACCUUCUUGAAGCUUCCCAUCCCACCAAGAAAUCUCCUCUCUCUAUCCACGCCCUCCACCUCGUCGAACUCACCGGUCGGAUCUCCGCCAUGCUCGCUGUCUGGGCCACUAGUGAGUCCGGCCACCGCCACGUCGGCGUCAGUGGAACACCAGAGUCCGACCACAUCGUCAAUUCCUUUGAGAACUUUGAGGAAAAUAUCGACAACGUAUCCAUCAAUUAUUUGACAGCGGCGUCCCCAUACUCCACAAUGCAUCAAGAUAUAUGCAGUUUGGCAGAAGACAAAGGGGCUUGCGUCAUCCUCAUCCCUUUCCACAAACAACAAGCCGUAGAUGGAGAAAUGGAAGAGACCAACCCAGCCUUGAGAAUGGUGAACCAGAAGCUUCUGGAACAUUCUCCUUGCUCCAUAGGAAUCCUCGUCGACAGGGGCUUCAAUUCUUCCUCCAGAUUAAGCUCAAACCAUUUAGCUUGCGCUUUUCUUCACGUCGCCGUCUUGUUCUUUGGGGGGCCACAUGACAGAGAAGCCCUAGCUUACGCUCUGUGGAUGUCAAAGCAGCCCGGGACUUUUCUCACGGUGACCCACUUCAUCGCCGGCCCCGCCACCAUCAUAAAACCACCGUCCGACGAUGAGGACGAGUUAAACAUACACAGUGGGAAGGAGAAAGAGAAGAACGAAGAGUACAUGAGUUAUUUCAGAAAGAAAACCGGAAACAUGGAAUCAGUGGUUUAUGUGGAGAAAGUUGUGAACAAUGGAGAAGAGACAGUUUCAGCGUUAGGGGCGAUGAAGAACGGGUUUAAUCUGCUGAUAGUGGGGAGAGAUCAAGGGGUUUCUCCAUUAACAGAUGGGCUAAUAGAUUGGAGCGAGUAUCCAGAGUUAGGCGCCAUAGGAGACUUAUUAGCUUCGUCUGAUUUUGGAACAACGGCUUCAGUUUUGGUGAUGCAGCAAUACGUAAUAGAAGAAGGCGAGAGUAAUGCCAGUGAUUAA